AUGCAUGAAAUUAAAAGGUUUAAAUAUAAACGUGUAUUUGACGCUAGUCUUUCAAAUCCCAUUCGAACCGGAGAUAUUUUGGAUUGUACGGAUGAUACACAGAAUAUUAACUAUAAUUUAUUAGAGGAUAUACUAGAUUUAUUAUCUAUGCUAGACUAUUACAAUGCCAUAAAAAACACAGAUAUAUUAGAUCUACAGAAUGAGGAUUAUAAUGGCAAUUAUAAUAUUGAAGAUUCUAAGAAUUUAUACAAAACCGUUUUCUUUCAUUUAGUGUUAAACACAGAUGUUAUAACCAGAAAGUAUAACAAAAGAAAUAUGGAUAUUGUACUGAUGAAUUUAGGAAAAAUCAUUGAUAAAAUAUUAGAUUCGGGUAACUUUGAGUUAGCUAAUAAGAUAUUUAAUCACAAUGAUGAUAGUAUGGAAACAGAUAAAAUAACCAUUAUAGUUAAUAGUGUACUAAACAGGCCACUAUAUGAAUAUUCAAGGAGGCAUAUAUGCUAUAAGUACUCAAAUAUGCUGAUAGAUAAUAUAUUGGAUGCUGAAAGUAUGAUACCUUCUUUCUAUUACAAUACAGAAUUUAUGUCAUAUCUUCAUCCAAUAGUUAGGCUGUGCAUUAAAUAUAAUCUAGAUAUAAAAAUAGUUGCUAAUGGAUCUAAAACAUCUGAGUUUAGAACCGAUGCACUGAAAUUACAAAUACCAGACAGCCUGGCUACAUUCCCAGAUGAAAUAUUAGACAUUGAAAUAAGUGAUGCUAAUGUUCAAGAAGGUAAGUUUCAUUAUAUUAUACCAGUAAAUUCUAUACAUGCACUUAUAAAUUGCAAAGAGUUAUAUAUUGAUGUAAGCCAGAAUAACCAGAAGUAUAUUAAAAAAUUUGAAAAAUUACUUGUGAAUAACCCUAACAUAUACAUUCUGCAAAAUAAUGGAAAGGACUUAUUAGAUUAUAACAAUAACACAAAAAUAACCAAAGAAGAUUCAAUGGCUUUAAUUGAAAAGAGUAGGCUAAAAGGUCUUUCUAGUGAUGAUAUUUUGUUAAAUGAGGAUAUCACUAUAACUGCAAUAAUAUAUAAUUAUAUAAUUUGGGUAUCUGGAUUUAAAUUAUACUCUGGAUUUUACAUGGCCAUAUGUUUUACUAUUCUAGGGCUUUUAAAGCAAGUCAAACAAGAUUUAUACAAUGGCUCUAGAUGUGUAAUGUAUUUUUUUAACAGUAUAAUAAUCAGCAUUAUAUUAGAUUGUUUUGUGAAUCUAGUACCAUUAUUUACAGAAGUUUCAAAUGAAUUCAAGUAUAUCCAUGAGUGCAGAAUAAUAUACGGUGUAUUAAUGGCAAUAUCUAUGAUUGGACUAUCAUUAUGCCUUUUCAACCAAAAACUGUUUUUCACCAGAACCAUUGCUGCACAGAAAACAAGAAAAAUAAUCAGAAAUGUAUUUUUUUCUAUUUUCCUACUAUUACUAGCUAUAGUUACUGCUACAGUACUUUUUGGCGAUAAGGACAUACUAAUGGCCCUUUUAUACACCAAAGCACCCGAAACAUUAGGAGUACUCUAUUUCAUAGCAGCAUUCACUAUAGUAAGGGUAGAUAGUGAUGUUCUGGUUUUCUCUGAUUUCAUAAAGCUGCCAAAGAUUGCUUUUAACAAAAUAUGCAGAAUGUUUAAUGAAGGAUCUUUUACAUCACAAGCCAUACCGUACAUUAUUAUACUUACAGGAUAUAUUUUAAUACCUGUUUAUAUAUGUCUUUUCAUAAGGCUAGAAUGCAUUAUCCCGUAUGAAAAUAUGUUACCAUAUGUUAAAUAUACAUUUUCUAAAGGAGCCCCUUUAAUUAGUGCAUAAUUAACCCGAAAUAUUCCUAUAUCUACAAUUUCCAUAGAAUUCAAUCCAUACGAAUAUUAUUUAUAUUUAUAAAAAUGAAAUAAAUGUCACCCA